AUGAGAUGUUUAAACUCUUGGAAAGUCCAAGACCACGGUGAUGUUGUUUGUUAUGAAAGAGUGGGAUGUGAUUCGGGUGCGUUGUGUCUGGAUUGGCGAGAGAUCUGUGAUGCAGUGCAGCAGUGCAUGUCGGGAGUGGAUGAAGAGAAUUGUGAUCUGUUGGAGAUGAAUCGAUGUGAACAGGAGGAAUAUCGAUGUAUGAAUGGAAUGUGUAUUCCGGAUGAAUUCUUUCUCGAUGGAAAAUUCGAUUGUCUCGACUGGAGUGAUGAAGUACAAUUCAAGAAGGAUCAGAACUCCACCGAUGAGGCACUGAGUCACGAAUGCGAUGAUCGUGUUUGUCUACCGAAUCAAUGGUCGUGUGGUGAUGGACAAUGCGUUGAUGGUCCACUUCCAUUGCAGAAACAAGUCGCUUCAUCAGCACGCGGUAGUCAGCGUGAUCAGUAUUUCAUGUGUGAAACGCGUAAUGUCCUCAAGUCCUGGACGACACCCAAUGGGCGAUGCCAUUGGAAUGGACCAUAUGAUGCAUCAGCAGUGGUGCAUGACAAUGAAGAAAACCUCUAUGAAUAUCUCCUGGAAUGUGCUACUAUCUUUCCGCGAAGAGGUCAAUUGUCCUUAUCACUGGGAAUUGGGAUACGGCGAUCGUCUUGCACAACAAUGUCAUCAGCCACUGGUUCAAUACCCACGCGGUGCAGUCAUCGCUCCGUUCAUGUUCUUCCUUUACAACCGGACGCGAAGUCCGAAUUCCCUCUUGCCUGCUCUCGUUGUCAUCAGCGGAACACUUCUUCUUCCGAUAUUGUUGAGAAUCGAUGUCAGCGUCAUUGCGCGAACGAGUCCACCGAUCGAUGCCACGAAUGGAAUCCGUGCAUGCUCACCACUCGGGUGAAAGAUGUAUGGGACAACUGUCUCAAUGAAGCCGAUGAACUCAACCAGACAGAGGUGGAGAUCAAGAGAAGUUGCACUCGUGUUCAACGUCAUCGUUUCCGUUGUUCGAUCGAACAAGCCCCCUGUUUGAGUGUCAUGGCACUAGGAAAUGAGCAGGAUGAUUGUGAGAAUCGAUUCGAUGAACUGUGGUUUGGGAUCAAAGGUCGAAAGAUCUCCGACAUGCGUUGCAAUGAUCGAUGGAAAGAUGAGUGUUCACUUCUUCGUCAAUACAUUGAGCAAUCGUGGACAUCGACAAGGAAGAACGAGAGGGGUGCAGAGCUUCUCAUUCCUUUUCGUUCUUAUUACGAUACAUUCUGGAAUCUCGACUCGAAAAAAGACGAAGAUCUCGCUGAAUGUCGCCGAUCGGAUGAUGAACAUUGGUGCUCUCGUUCACAACUGACAUCGAGAGCGAUAUCGCCAUGA